AUGGACAUUUUCCUGGAGAUCAGGAAGCGGCUGCAGAGCGCCCUGCUGAUUAUCCGAGAGCCAAAACAAGGAAGCUUGCCCAUGGAUGUUUCUCUGACUCCAUCAGUCCUGAAGAUGAAAAAUCUUGAAGAGUGCAGAGAAAUCAAGUUUCCAGCAGAGGUCAGGCUUGUCCCUUCUUCUCUUCGUGGGCUGCAGUACGUAUCUGGAGAUGGGAUCCAUAUGAGACUUCUUGUUCAGGCUGACUUGAAUAAGAAACUGGUUUCUGCUUUGAACCAAAGCCUGCAAGCCUCAAAGUGCUACGUGUUUCAUUGCCAGACCUGUGGUGAGAUCAUCGUAAAGGAGAGGAAGCUCCUCAGAGUUCUUCCUCUGCCAAGUGAAAACUGGAAUGCCUUAGUUGAAGAAUGGUGUUGCCAUCCGGAUCCCUUUGCUAAUAAGCCACUUCAUCCUGGAGAGAAUGACUGUUUCAUUGGAGACACUCAUUUGCUGGUGAAAGUAAGAAGUGACUCAUGUAUGCCAGGACCUGAAAUAGCCCAAGCGGAGACUCACCAGCUUUCAGAGAGCCAUUCGGAAUCGAAACCAAAGGCAAAUACCAAGAUAAUUUGCAAGCGUUGCAAAGCGAUGCUAGGAGAAACUGACUCAUCAGGGACCACAAAGUUUUAUAUCACAGAGAUAAUUAUCCAGCCAUCUGGGAGAGAUUUUGACAUGAUACCAAGGUCUCAGUUUGUACAGAGCGUUAUUGCUCAGUGUCUUGUGGAACUGUCCUCUGCUAGAAGCACAUUUAGAUUCACUGUUCAAGGACAUGAUGGAAAAACCUACAUCUUGGUGUGGCUUUUAAACUCAGACAGUUUACUAAUUGAAUCUCUGAGAAAUUCAGAGAACAUCCAGGCAUUCUCAUUAUUUGAAGGCACAGAGAGUUUGGACUCCAACAACAUAGGCAUCAGGAAUGCUGUCAAGAUUCUUUUCCAUCCAUGCAUCAAAAAUAGAAACAUUGAGCUUACCAGUUCAUGGGAAAAUGAUAUUGGAGUCCAUUCCCUUGUUCUGCCUUCCCAUACCUGUUUGGAACUACUAUUGAUAUUAUUGAAGAGUAAUCAUUCUUUGCCACCUUCUCUUCAAUAUAUGAACUCUUUUCAGGUGGCCUUUUUGAAGAUGUGACUGUUCAAGAGUCCCUGCAUUCCCCCCCCCCUCUGCAAAACAAC